AUGGAACGCAAGACAUGCUUCGACGAUCUCAAUGACGACUGUGUCUUACUUAUCAUCAAGCACAUCAACCAGCUGAAGCCCGAGCCCGAGUGGUACUGCAAGCAUGCAGUGCGAACUCUGAAAGCUUUGUCGAGCGUCAGCCGCAAGUAUCGCCAACUAUGCCUCCCGGCGCUAUUCAACCUCAAUGAUCUAGUCGUCAAAAUCACAGAAGAUUCAAGUAUCUACCAAAUCAGGGCAGGUAGAUUCGAAAGCCCUGCUCAGGCGGGCUUUAACACAUUGUGUGCUUCAGAAUUUGCUGCCGACAGCAUUCGAGCUCUAUCUAUCGAGAUCCCGGAGAUCGACAAGUCAGCGGGGAACGGUCCUGUGGUUGAGUUCUACACGAAGUUGGGUCUAUUCCUGUCCACGGCCGGCAAUCUGUGCGAACUGCGCCUCGACAACCUGAAGUCGCAAGCAAAACAGACAAUCACACUUCCACACGGCAUGGUUUUCAACAGUCUGAAGGUUCUAGAAGUCAUCAAUGUCGCCGACGCCAGCGUGUUGAUCAAUGCCUCUCCCAAUUUGCACAAACUCUGUUCGGUCUAUCCCUUCGACAAGCUCAAGACGACCUUCAAGGCGAUCUCUGAGCAUCCGAGUCUGAAGAAUGUGCAGCUGCGGGCGAAAAAUUGGACAGAGAAGCAAUUGAAAGAGGUCUGUGUUCAGCUGAAGGGCAAGACGAAGCUGUCUCUCUGGGUCGACCGCAGUUCGGGAAUCGCUACUCCAGACAAGGUCGAUACACAUGUCAAAAUCCUGGGUGGCCUGCAGGAUGUGACUUGCCUAGAGUUGUACAUCGGGUACUUCUGGAAACCUGAUGAGGUUGAGAUGGCAACACGUUUGCUCACGAAUCAUCCAACUCUCUUGAACGUCAUUUUUCGAUCACAUGACUGGAGAGAAAUCAUUGGCCAACAUUCGAAGGUCGCGAAAGAGAACGAUAUGCACUCCCUCGAAAGCUAUGCUGAGCACGCCGACUCAUCUACAGCUCUGAACAUACAUGCUAUGUUGAUUUCUUCUUACCUUCUUACCACUCUUCUCAGUCCCGGUCGUGGCUCUACGACCUUUGGCUCGAGAUUCAGCACUUAUCGGGAACGUUGUGUCGUUCCCAGCUUUGCUCAGAAGCAGACCGUCGGCUCAAACAGCCACAUCAUGGACGUCGAUGUCACAAUCCCAAUAACGGCCGUCACAGGCAGUCCCCUCAUGAUACAUCGUGCAAAGGGCGCUGACAAACUCGAUGAACUCAGUACCGAGAUCGUCCUGAUGAUCAUUGGACACAUCCGCCGCUCCGACAAGAAGACUGGGCAGGAGAAGCAGUCCGUGAAGAACUUCUCGCUCGACCUCGCGCUCAGCAUCCCCGAUACCGACGACCUUGCACUCCAUUGCUUCCACCAUGUAGGGUCGCAUGCUCAGACGUUGAUUGACUUGCGGAAGUCAAAGCUUGCUGAAAGGUACGCCGGUGCCCUCUCCUUUGAGCUGUGGAUAUGCUCAGAGCACGACAUCAGAAGAGGAUUCUCUCUGCCUGGUAACAAGGAUUUGUAUCCAUUCCAGACGCUGAGCACCACUUUGUCCAAGCUUGGCCAAGUCCGUGAGCUACGUCUCGACUACACACAGAUCUUGAAAGAACAGACAAAUCCAGCCGAGCUCUGGCCAUCGAUCAGAUUCGACACACUUCGAGUUCUGCAUGUGGAUGGCAUUUUCGGACUCGACAUCCUGCUCGGAGCGUGUCGCAACUUGGAGACCCUAUAA